AUGUGGUGCAGUCUACUUCCUAAAUCUGUGGUCUUGUUGUUAAUUAUUGGAGCAGUUCGUGCCCAUAAUACGGUUGAGGACUUUUCUAAAUAUUGCAAAAUAAGGAACUGUCCGGCAAAUAAAACUCACAUUGCCUGCAAUACAACCAAUAGUUGGUCCCCAAAAUGUGGUAAAAAUCCACAAAUUAUGCCCUUACCGGUAGAUGUACAAAGGAUCAUUCUAAAUUAUCACAACAUCUAUCGCGACUCUAUAGCUAGUGGCUUAAUCAUGCGACUUCCUCCGGCCGGGAGAAUGCUUAAAAUGAAGUGGAGUCCUAAACUGGCUGAGAUGGCCCAGCUCAUCAUUAAAAGAUGUGACCUCCAGGCUCCCAAGGAAUGCCAUUCCACGUACGAAUUUGAAAAUCCCAGCUAUCAUGCCAUUUACAACAAAUUCAAAAAGAAUCAGCAUAAAUUGCAAGUGCUGAAAUCUCAGCUAAAUACUUGGUAUAAUGAGUACAAAUACGUGAAUCUAGUGAGUCUAGUGGAUGGCUCGUCUGUAGAUAACAAGGAAAUUGGUCACUUUCUAAGGAUGAUGGUGGGUCCCAGUAACCGAGUGGGCUGUGCUAUGGCUCGGGAGCACCGGGAUGGCUGGACCUACCAAUGGCUGGCUUGCCUUUACAGUUGUCCUCCCCGGAAUCAAUCUCUACUUUACGAGCAUUCCUCCCGCCCGGGGGAUUACUGCAUAACCGGCACUGAUAGUAAGUUCCGAAAUCUUUGCCAUGAAUCGGAACCAGACCACUAUUGCAAGCUAUAUCCAGAAAAGCUUACACAUUUGGUUGAUAAGAACACAGUGACUCACUUGAAAAAUAUGGUUCACGGCAUCAGGCCAAGAAAUGAUAACAUAUAUUGUAGGAUUUGCGAAUUAUGUUGCGAAUGGCGUGAUUGGGCGCUUACCACUGAAGACAUAAUUGAUCGAUCGGCAAAUAUGUUCAUAGGUCCUGGUUUUUCGAUAAAAGAAGUGUUAAGAUUUAUUUUCCUAUAAUAAUAAAGGGCUUCUUUUGUUGAGUCAUAUUAUUCUA